AAGUCUGGUCACAUGGGUAUGAUGUCAUCAGAGGUCCUUUAGCCCACUAGGAAACAGCAUCUACCAAGUGUCGAGUCCCCAGCCGCGAUCGGCAGUGUGCAUGAACCUCAAAAUGUCAACUGAAGGUCAAAGGGUAGAUGAUAGUCCAAGCACUAGCGGAGGUAGCUCUGACGGAGACCAACGAGAAGGUCUUCAAAAUGAGCAAGAGCGGGAAAAGGUUCAACCUAAGAAGAAAGAAGGGAAGAUAUCCAGCAAAACAGCUGCCAAACUGUCCACGAGUGCCAAAAGAAUUCAGAAAGAACUCGCAGAAAUAACACUGGAUCCUCCUCCAAACUGCAGCGCUGGACCUAAAGGUGAUAACAUAUAUGAAUGGAGAUCAACUAUACUAGGUCCUCCUGGUUCUGUAUAUGAAGGGGGUGUUUUCUUCUUAGACAUCACAUUCUCCCCCGACUACCCAUUCAAACCACCAAAGGUGACCUUUCGGACGAGAAUCUACCACUGCAACAUCAACAGCCAAGGUGUCAUCUGCCUGGAUAUCUUGAAAGACAACUGGAGCCCAGCACUAACCAUUUCUAAAGUUCUCCUCUCCAUCUGCUCGCUGCUCACAGACUGCAACCCUGCUGAUCCUCUUGUCGGAAGUAUCGCCACCCAGUACAUGACCAACAGAGCGGAGCAUGACCGAAUGGCCAGACAGUGGACCAAGAGAUACGCUACAUAGGAUUUAUUACAGUGGACCUGAGCAAGCACAUUCACUAAGUGCAUCAAUAGCUCCUUUAUUUGUUUUUUCUUUUUAUUUUCUUUUAUUUUUUUUUACCUUUUGUGACAAAAUACUGUAUGUCCUUUUUAUUAAGACUUUGUUAACUUGAAUUCCCUUGAGAAUAUGUAGGGAUUUUAGUUUCUGUGUAAGAAUUGUUAAAUAUGUGAUAGUAUAGAGCUUUGUUUGAAAGCCUUGUAUCAAUAUUUGUGGUUAUUUUAGGAAGACUGGGAACUAUAAUUUAUAUUUCAGUUACCUCUUCUCUCUAUAUUUGCUUAAUGUUAGAUUUGAGUUUUUUUAAUAUUUUUUUUUUGUACCUAAAGUCUUUCAUGGUGGGUGCAUGCUGUGGGGAAGAGUGUUUUAUAAGUAACAUUUGAAAGAAAGAAUCACUGUGCAAAAAUACGCUGUGUUUACCCACUAUGGACUCUCUAAAUGAACAAAAAAGGGUAUUUGGGGCUAUUUAAAAUUGCUUGUAAAUGACUUGAGCAGGAUGUGAAGCGGUUAAUGUACACUUGUUUUAUGAAACACUCAAUAAAACACUGCAAA